AUAUAGUUCAUAUAUUGGUUGCAUGAAAUUAGAAAUGGCAACAGCUGGUUCAAUAUCUUAUUAUUUCAGCACUGCAUUUCUUUUUGUUCUUGCAUUCAAUCUUCUCAGCUUUCAGGCCAUGACUGCUUCAGGUCAGGAAGCCAAUGACGACGAUUUGAUUCAAUUUGCCUUGAACUUGGAAUUCAUGGAGGCGGAGUUUUUUCUGCACGGUUCUCUUGGCACAGGGCUCGACACAAUCAGUCCAAGCCUCACCCAAGGAGGUCCGGCUCCCAUUGGGGCUCAGAAGGCCAAUCUCGACUCUCUUGUCGCCCCUAUCAUCGAGGAAUUCGGUUAUGAAGAAGUUGGUCAUAUCAGGGCAAUUCUUACACGAGUAGGAGGAUUUCCAAGGCCACUUCUAAAUCUCAGCCGUCAGAAUUUUGCAAAAGUAUUUGACCAAGCAGUGGGCUUCAACCUGGUCCCUCCAUUCGAUCCCUAUGCAAACUCAGUCAAUUUUCUGUUGGCAGCCUAUUUGAUCCCUUAUGUGGGUAUCGGAGGUUACGUUGGCGUCAUCCCAAACCUCACCGCUCCUGCUAAUCUCGGUUUGGUUGCAUCACUUUUGGGUGUUGAGGCUGGGCAAGAUGCUGUGGUACGUGCGCUACUGUAUGAGAUAAGGAAUCAGAAGGUGUUUCCUUACAUCCUCACGGUGGCUGAGUUCACCAACCAAAUUUCUGCACUUAGGAAUCGGCUGGGCGGGAGUGGCAACAAAGAUGAAGGGCUCAUAGUACCCACCAUCCUCGGGGCGGAGAAUCGGACGUCUAGUAACGUCCUAUCGGCCGAUCCUAACUCUCUUUCGUAUGCAAGGACACCAGCUGAGAUUUUGGGGAUCGUGUAUGGAACUGGAAAUGCAACAAUGCCUGGCGGGUUUUUCCCUCUAGGAGCAAAUGGCAAAAUUGCGACCACCGUGCGUACAUAAAUGUAGGGAUAUAAUUCCUCUACUUAAGCACUAUGCAUAUUGAAAUAUUUUAAUCCACUAGUACGAGUGCAGGAAUCUCAGAUGUAGUAUAUAUCCAGCAAAAUCCAGAAUUCUAAUUACAGUACGUGAUUAGAAUUUAAUAUAUGUAAUGGAUCAUGAAUAAAU